AUGGUUGAACUUUUUUCUGAAUAGUAUUUUUUACAAAACUAACAAAAGAAAUUUGUUGUCCCUUCUUUACUUUAGUUAGCAUCUCGAUUACAUUUAAGUAAAUUUAAUUUCUAAUAAUUUAUUAUUCUUUAAAAAUAGCCUUUACUUUAGAAUAUUAAUUAAAUUCAAUUCAAUUUUUAAAAAGUUAAAUUAAAAUUUCAUUGA